AUGCGUACCAAGCAAACAGCUCGCAAAGCCACUGGCGGGAGGGCGCCCAGGUUGAAAGUUUCAACGGCUGAUCAUUUCCAGGAUCACUCCGGCCGUCGUUAUACCGUGGUGAACGGUCAUCGGGACACCUCUCCGGGGAUAUUUAAGCUGUCAAUCCAGCUCUACUGCCUGGGCAGCCCCAGCCCCUCGCCCGAGGCUCUAGGAGACAAAUUUCUCAGCUGCCCAGCCAUUAGCGGCUGGGGCAACGCGAGAAACUGGUGGCCGCGUGUAGAUGUCUACACGGAUUUCGGUAAUAUAGAAGAGUGCGUUGAACAUCAUCGUCGCGAGAAGGAAUUUCGGAAAGCGGCCGUUGAGGAGAUGAGGAGAAAGGCGGUUGCCGGCCUCUCGGAAGAAGCUGCGUGUGAAAAGCUGAUAAGUGAGGUUCGAGGAAAGGAGCCAUUACCGCACAUAGUGCCGAGUUGGUGUCCAUCAGCGAAAUACUGGAAGGAUUACAACUUCGGGAGCCGCUAUAGAAGUUGGAUCCUAGCUAUGCCCGAGGGGUGUAUUUCGUGGGAUGAUGUACUUGAAAUGGGACUACUUAUGGUCAGUUUUGAUCUAGACAUCGGCCCCGCGAUGGAAACUCGAACGCUUGACCUGGAUAUGGAAGAAGAUACUUUUUUAGAAGGUGAUAAGCAUGGAUGGGUUUUAGUGAAGAAAACUGGCAUCGAGAAAAGCGAGCCAAAUAUAGAGCGUAUUAAUGAGGUCAUGCACGGAUGGAAAACUCCAGGGCAUGACAACACGUUAAGCCAGGCUUGGGUCGAUGCUACGAAAAAUUUGUGGGACUGUACUUAUCGGCCGGUUGUGUGUGACGGUUGUGAUGCGGAUGAAGAACACACGUCGUGCGAGAUCGAGUUGGAUGAACACUAUUUUGAUGGCGAUGGACAGUGUAUCGCUUGUAGGAGGGUGAUAGACGCCGAAGUAAAAGGAUAGCAGCUAGAGGCUAGAAAGGAUCAUGUUACAUCUAAACAAAAGUAGUCUUGAUCGACUUUUUAUAUUUAUAUCUAAG